GUGGAGGAGGCUCGCAUGAGCUUGAGCAGGUUCGGCGUCCUCUCCUUGAGCGUCAGCUCUCUCACUUGCGUCUCCAUUGUGUCUGUCAGCCAGUCCAGCUUGAGCGUCAGGGCCGUCGACAACUUCGAGCUGCUGCUUGUGUUGAGGAGGAAGUCAACGUCCACAGACUGCAAGUCGCGGUUGUCCGCCUCCAACAAGUAGAACUCUUGACCGAAGCAGAAG